AUGAGCUUGAAAUCGGAGCGUAGAGGAAUCCAUGUGGACCAGUCAGAGCUGCUGUGUAAGAAGGGCUGCGGUUACUAUGGAAAUCCUGCUUGGCAAGGGUUUUGUUCCAAGUGUUGGAGGGAAGAGUACAGCAAAGCGAGGCAGCGACAGAUUCAGGAAGACUGGGAGCUUGCAGAACGUUUACAGCGUGAAGAGGAAGCUGCCUAUGCUAGCAGUCAAGGGGCUCCAUCGCUCACCUUUUCUAAAUUUGAGGAGAAAAAAACAAAUGAGACAAAAAGAAAAGUCCAGACUGUCAAAAAGUUCUUCAGUACAUCAUCCCGGGCUGCACCAAAGAAAGCAGACAACCAAGAAGUGAAAGCCUCAAGUCCAUCCAUAAGUAGGCAGGCCAGCCUAGAAACAGAACGAGCAUCUAAGGAUUUUAUUGAUUUCCUCAAGAUCUUUCGCAAGCCUGGUCAAGAUAUACUCAAACAAUGCAGAGGAUUCAUUGAGUCUAUGCAACACAAGGAAUUGAACAUUGAGGAGCAGUCUGAGUGUGUCCAGGACUUCUAUCAAAACAUGGUUGAUCGAUUGCAGACUCACUCCAGUUUUAAAGGUUCCUCUGAAAGGAUAGAGAAGGUAAUGGACCAGAUUGAAAACUACAUCAUGACAAGGCUGUACAAAAAUGUGUUUUGUCCAGAGACAACCGAUGAUGAGAAAAAAGAUCUUGCAAUUCAGAAAAGAAUCAGGGCGUUGCACUGGGUGACUCUUGAAAUGCUGUGUGUUCCAGUAAAUGAAGAAAUCUCUGAAGUUUAUGAAUUAGUUGUAAAAGCAAUCACAGCUGUUAUCGAAAUGGAUUCAAGACGUGUUCCACGUGAAAAGUUAACCUGCAUCACAAAAUGCAGCAAGCAAAUAUUCAAUGCUAUAAAGAUCACAAAGAAUGAGCCUGCUUCUGCUGAUGACUUCUUACCCACACUUAUCUACAUUGUUCUGAAGGCUAAUCCACCUCGUUUACAGUCAAACAUCCAGUAUAUUACACGAUUCUGCAAUCCAAGCAGACUGAUGACUGGUGAAGAUGGAUAUUAUUUUACAAAUUUAUGUUGUGCGGUUGCCUUUAUUGAAAAGUUAGAUGCCCAAUCUUUGAACCUAACUCAGGAAGAUUUUGAUCGCUACAUGUCUGGCCAAGCAUCACCUAAGAAGCAGGACUCUGAGGAGUGGUCUCCUGACACAUGUCCAGGACUGAAACAAAUGUACAAAAACUUAAAUCUCAUUUCACAGCUGAAUGAGAGACAGCAAAAAAUUCUGUCAGAUGCCAAGCAGCUUGAAAAAGACCUAAUUGAUUGGAGUGAAGGUGUGACCAAAGAGGUUGAAGACAUUAUUGAGAAAUAUCCACUCGAUAUCAAACCUAGAGGCCAGCCAGUGGCUGCAAUCGAUUCUGACAAUGUAGAAAAUGACAAGCUUCCACCACCAAUCCAGCCACAAGUGUUUAUUGGCUGAAAGAAUUUAAACUGAAUGUUAAACCUGAGCUAACUCUGCUCUGAGGUUGACUGGCAUCUAUGGUUUUGGAACAUACAUAAUGGGAGUACAACUGUGUUCAAACUGAUGAUGUUGUGAAAUGCUUGAAGUAAUAUUUGUAGAUCAGCCAUAAGGUAUAAAUCUAUUGGGGAUUUAUAACAAAGGCUACUUCAAAAUUUAAUGCCUGACCUCUGAAUUUUUUUUAAGAGAUCAAAAUCGUUAUGUUACGAUUAGUAUCUUUUUGGUGUGAAGUAAAAAUCAGAAAGUGAUAGAAAUCUCAGUACCCGUAGAAUCUUCAGUCGGACGCACCCUGACCCGCUGAGUGUUUUUCCACAUUUUCUGUUUCUAUUUUCCCAGCAUCCGGAAUAUUUUGCUUUUGUUUUCCCUUUUAAAUCUGGCUUGCAAAUUUUAAGGUGUGUUUUAUAUUUGCUCAGUUCUCUGCAACACCUUUUUUCUUGAUGUCAUCAAUGAGAGCAUUUAAUUCCAGGGAUUCUAGUUUAAAGUUGCGAGUAAAUGCAAAUUGUUUAAUGCAUGCAAAUCUGGAAUUUUCACCAAUGUUUUAACGAACCACUCCAUGAUUCAGUCUUUAGGAAAAUCAGUAGCAUUAUUAAUAUUUCUUUGAAACAUUGUAUUCAGGUUAAGGUUACCAUUGUAAAUAUUAUUUGUUCCUCAUUGUACUGCACAUUGAUAAUUUGGCACGCAGUGUAGGAGGAUCCUUUAGAGGAAAGGACAAAGCAUUCAAUUUUUCAUUUUAUCUCCAGCAUUCUAUCAUGCAAAAAGAAAUAGGUUGUUUAAAUUUAUCAUAUUUGCCAACUGCUUUAUUUGUCUUCAUUUUCAAAAGCAGAUCAGUAAUUAAGAUGAUUUAGUUAGAGGCUGCCUUGUAUAGCCCAACUGUGAAUCUUAUAAAGUGCUUGAUGUAUUAUUCUGUUAUAUGGUUUGUUUACAAUAGUUUAACCUGAAUGUGUUUGGUGGAUGAUGAAAUUCAAGAGGUCAGGCAUUACCUUGAUAGAAGAAACACUAUUAUUGUAGUACAAAAUACACUCUGGUUUGGCUAUCUUGCAAUAGUUUUAGUUGCUAAAUUUUCCAAAUUGCAUAUUUACAUUAAUCACUUUGACUUAUAUCAUCUGAAUGCCUGUUUUAAUUACUUUUUAGCCUCCAGAACAAUUUACUUACAUGGAAGCAUAUUCUGACAAUAUUUUAAUAGGAACAGAGCUUAUCCAUUUAAACUUUGGCAUUGUAUAGUUUUACGUUCAAAAAGUAAAAUAUAGUAGGCAGUUGUUGCACUACUUCACAUUACUUCACAUUACAUCAAAGCUCUAUGACUCCACAAUUAACUUUUUUUGUACUUCAAAUUUCAGUGCAAUUAAUUUGAUUGCUUCUCCAGGACCUGUAGAUAAAUCUGCAUUAUAUAACCAUUAGUGUUCCAUGAACAUCCUCUGUAUUUAAUUGGCUGUAAAGUGUAUUGGGAGGUCUUGAGGUUGUGGAAGGUGCUAUAUAAAAGCAAUUUUUUUCUACUUUCCAUUCUAAUCUGAGUUAGCUGCUUUCAAUUGAAGCAGCAAAGAACUUGACAGUUGACUUCAAUAUCCUGGAAUAAGCCAGUAUUUACAUUCCUGAUUGCUGUCCAUUAGCCCGGUUGGAAUGUGUGCAGUGUAGUUGUCUGAUGAGAGCAAGGUCAGUCUUUGUUGUGAUCUACCCCCUGUCAAAUAGUGUGCUGAUUCUUGACACCAUAUAUGUAUAAAAAUUAACCACUUUGGUGAGGUACUAGAGGGUUGAACAUACGCUUUAGAUGUCAGCAAUGCUAAUGCAUAUUCCAAUGCUCCAUGUAGCUUUCAUAUAGGGAAUAUUUAUAAAUUUUAUGAAAACUUCUUCCUGAGCUUUUCAAUUCAUUUGAAGGAGAAACUACUGUCAAUAACCAAAGGAAAACUGUCCACUUUUCUUUUUUUUCAGGACAAACAAUUUGUACAGAAUUUACUUUUGGAGAAGAGUGCAUCUUCAUUUAUGGUUGAGAUUUUUUUGCAUAUAAUUAUAAAAACAGGUGUGCACUUUGGUAUGAAAUCUCGUUAAUUGGUCUAUCACAUUAUGUCAGUGGGUGCACAAAAUAGCUUUCCAGAGUUAAUCCACUCUUCCCAUACAGGCAAUGAAAAAUAUUCUCACUUGCAAGGAACUGGAACCUUCACUUGUGAGUUGCAUAAAAUCGAAUAGUUUAGGAUUAACACACACAACCCAAAUAUUAUUUGUUACAACGUCAAAUAAGUUUUAACUUGAUCUAAUUACUUUCAUAAUAUUUUGUGAUAGCUAGUAAUUCAGUAUCUUAAUGAGUGAAGUGCAGUCGACUUGGCAUAAUUGCCACUCAUAUUUUUAAAAAUUAAACAGGUUUAGAGCUAUAUCAUAGGUUUUUUUAUGAUUUUCAUGUAGAAUAACUGCACUUCAUGCACAGCUUGAUAACUUCUAUGAUAGUUCAAACUUUGUUUAUUUUGAACUCUUGAGAUGAGGGCACAUGCAGGUAAAGGAUAAUCUUAAUUUGUGGAAGUCAGUCUUUCACUUUUGCAUGUCCAACUUCUUGGAGCAGGGGGCCACAUCUAAUAGUCCCAUCUUGUGAACGUGCAGAAAAUGAUCACAUUUGCUUUUGGAGCAGACAAAAUUGAGAUUAAACUACAAGUCUCUUAUUGGAGAAACAUUUCUUAUCCUAGCAAUUUUUUUCCUCACUUGGUGAACACUGAAGUCAGCAUGCAUGUCAGAAAUAUUAAAUCUACCAGUACAUCAUUUGCUACUUUGGAAUGCAAAGACAUUACAAGGAUCGUUCUUGCCUUACCUUUUCCCAACUCUCCCAGAUUUCUUGACAAUCCUGUAUGUUUAAUUUAUUUUCAAUGUGUACAAAUCGCACAAAUAAUACAAGCACAGAGGAAAAUGCAUGAUUAAAUUUCCAGGAUGACAUUCAUGAAUUUAAAUGUAAAAAUCCUUCCAAAAAUUGCUCAACUUUUAAGUAAAUUGUUAGUUUUGGCCAUGCCCUGUGUGCUGUUCUCCAGUGAUUAUUUUUAAUAUCACACAACCUGUUAAUUUGAGAGGUGUAGAGUAAAUAUUAAAACUAACCUUUCAUGAUGACUUGGACUGCAGAUAAGUCGGCGUUUUCAUUUGUGGAAGAUCAGUUUAUGAAUAAGCUCUCAGAUAAUACCCCAAGACUGAGGAAGCAAAUCAGGCAAGUAUAAUUUGAGACUUUUGGGAAGAUUGAUGGAAAAAACAAGCAGCAAUGGAGUCAACAACACCACCCCAUAACCACAAUCUCACAUGCUAGAAAACUAAAAUUGGAUGUUCCUGUAAUUCAAACUGCCACUUUAUCAGCUGCCAAGUGAUCUAAUAUGGAGCGUUCUGAUUUGUUCUGUCACUUACACUUACGAGCUUGUGUGCUAGCUGAUCAAGCAAUGGUUUGAAUUAUUUGAAUUUGCUGGCAGGUUUAUGCAUGAGUUGGUGAGAUUGCAUUGCUUUACUUUUCCUUGCCCUGGAGCAAUGGGUUGUGCACCCUGCAUCACACCAUUUUGAACAGAAAAGAGGUAGAACAAAUUGAAUCUGGUUCAGGUCACAGUGUUGGAUAAAAUCUCUAAAUGGGCUGAAUUUUGGCUCAUCAAUCACAGCUUGAACCCUAUCUAAUAUUGAUAAGUGAAACUUACUAUUAAGAGCUGUAGGUUUCCCACUCAUUUAUUGAAUUUGGAAAUUCAAAAGCAGAUCAGCUCAAUAUCUCAAAUGUGAAUCCUAAAAACCUAGUAAAUUGGUGCGAGAAGUUUCUAAUUUUUGCUGAACAUUUUUUCUGUAGUUAAAAUCAAUGUUGUGAUUAAAAAUGUUGUCAUAUAUAUUGAAUAUGCCUGGUUUCAUUCUAGUAAUAACAUCUUGUACAAGUGUUACUACAAUAAUAUGACUCCAAACUGAAAACAUUUUGAGUGUUUUAAAUGAUUUUUAAAUGAUUAAGCAAUGACAGUUUCUUAGAGGAUAAAUUGCAGUUUGAAGCAAUUAGACCACCUAUUUCAACACGUAAUAACUUCGGUUUAAUGUCAAGAUGUGAAAAUAGUUGAGUUUUUUGAACCAACUGUAAUAUUUGAAAUCUUAUUUGAAGUAUAUGUUUCAACAUUGCCAUAAUAAAAGAAAAUUAAAUGGUG